AUGACGCUCUUUGAACCGUCCACGUCUGCCUACCGUUUUCGAGGUUUGUUGAGUGAUUCUGUGGACUUUUUGAAGAAAUAACUCGAAUUUUCAUGGAAAAAGCCUAUUUUGAAGUUAUUUUGUGAAAAAGGCUGUUUUUUUUUGGGCUCUAGCUUCUUUAUGAGGAUACAAAAGGGAUUCAGGUUAUGGAAUAUGAAAGAACGGACGUUUUUAUAAUGCGAAUAGUAACUUUAAUUCAUUUUUUUCUUGUUUUUUUGUAUAGAAAUUUGAACGGACAAAAAUUUUUUUCUUUAUUUUUCAGAAGAUUUUUUUGAAAAAAAUCGUUUCAAAAUGAUUUUUUUGGUAUAGUUCUUAAUCGAAAAAAAACAGGAGAAUUUUUUUGGUUUUGCCUAUUUUUCGUUACAUUCGUUAAGAAAGGCCUUUAUUUUUUUGAAUUUUUAAUGGUAGAUUAUAAAAAAAUUUAGUGUUAUUUUUUUGAACAAAAAUGAGGUUUUUUUCCAAAUGAAAAUUUUGCCAAUUUUCUUGUCGAAAAUGAUAUGAUCUUCAAUUUUAACUCUUUUUAGGUGAUUAAAUUGAACUAUUCCGCUUUUUUCUAAAUUUUUGUGUCAUCAAAAAAUCAAAACUUUGAAUCUUCCUAAUGAUGUUGAUGCCACGAAAAAAGCUCCUUUUCAAGCCAUUUUUUUUCCCUUUUUUGAUUAACUGGUCUUUGGUUAAAAUGAAGAAAAGAAUUGAGAGGAGCAUAUAUAUAUUUGUUGGCUCGAGAUUUCUGGCCGAAUGAUGAAAGGGACAAAGAAAUAGGGGGGAUAUUGGCUAUCGUCGCAAGGAAAAGCCUCGACGGCCAUCAGGCUAAUGAGGCCGGCUGCUCGAAUUUCGGCCCCCUCGAAAAAAAAAAGAACUUUCUCCUCUCGCGUAAUGGAUAGGAUAGCACUGGCGUAGUGGGGAACCUUUUUUUUUCCUUGAACUUUUUGUAAAGUUGCGGUUUUCUGUGAUAAGGAAGUGCGGAUCCGCACGUUUUUUGCAGGAAAAUGAGGGGAUUUUUGAGAUUUAUUCUUGCAUGGUUAGGAUGGGAUUGGACUAGAAAUUGGAGAGUUUUAAGAAAAUUUUUGGUUUUUUCAGGAAAAAUUUCUGUUUUGAAGUGCUUUAAUAGUCAAAUUUUGCAGUAGAGAUCUAGAAUUUUCCAUUUUCUGAAAUAUUUAUCGUGAAAAUUUGAAAAAUGAGCUCAAUUUUUCCUCCUUUUCUUGUUAAAUAGUCAUAUUUUCUAACGCAGAUACAGAAGUAACGAUUUUUGAACUAAUUAUCGUGAAAAUUUUCAAAAAUCGUUUUUUUUUUCGACUGAGAAGGGCUCAAAGAACGCCGUGAACUUUCGAAAAAAGAAAAAUACUUGAUGAUCAAAUUUUCGGGCUUUUGACGUAGGAAAAACGAGCGCCGAAAAGAGAUUUUUUCAUCGGCCGACGUCGUUUUUACGGCCUCCGUUUGAAUAUUCAAUGAUUUGCACGGGGCGUUCCACAAGUCGGCUUUUUUCGGGGCAGAUUUUUCGCGAAAAAUUCGAGAAAUGAAGAAAAUCGAUUUCGAAGCCUCCCAGACUGACAGAAGCUGAGAAUGAAUUAACUCAUGUGCCAGAAGUAAUUAACAAAAGGCCGCCUCGCUUUUCACUCCGUCUUCCCCUUUUUUUGAAGCUCGUUUUCAGUGGGAGUUCUUCUGGUUCUUGGAGUGGGAAUUUGGGAACAUUUGGUAGAAAAGAUGCCAUUUUUUGGGUAUGUUGGUCUGGGAAGAGCGAUUUUAAGGUCACAUUUUGAAGCUUUCGGGGUUGGAAAAAUAAAUUUCAGUUGAUUUUUGAGUGAAAUUGAGGAAAAAUAAGCUAUUUUUCGACGGAAAGACCGAUUUUUAGUUUGAUUUUUGUGUGAAAAUUGAAAAAUUCGUUAUAAAACGAGCAGUUUUUUUUUUCGUAAUUUUCGAGUUGGAAGAUCGAUUUUUAGUUCUUUUUUUUCGGAAAUUUAAGGUCAUUACGAAGUUUUAUGGCCUUAAAGAGUCACGUAUAGUUAAUUUUCCAGUUACGAUUUGAAGUUCUAAUGGAAAAAAAAACCAUUUUUUCAAGUAAUUUAGGCUUGAAAAUGGAGUUUCGAUCGGGUUUUCAGCUUUCAUGAGAGAAAAAAAACCCACUUUUUUCGUUUUUGGCUUUGAAACUUGAAUUUUUAUCAGGAAAUUCAGAAAAUCUCUCAUUUUCAAACUGGGAAUUCUCGAAAAUGAAGAAUUUUUCUUCCAAAAAUUUAAAAAUAGAAAACAAAAACCCGAUUAGAAUCGUGUCAUUUUGAAUUUUUCACCACGAGUUUGCAUCAUUUCGUGUUGUAUUCAGUCAUUUUGUAGUUUCACGUCCAUAAAUAAACCAGGAGAAGAAGCAGGAAAUGCUACAAAAUGAGGAAUUUGGGCGGAUUUGCGUCAAUCCGCUUUUUUCCCCUUUUCAUUUGAUGUGAGAAGGGAAAAGUUGAUGAUUAAGGGUCUAUUUCUGAAGGAUUUUGGCUUUUGGUGGAGGUUUUUGAUAGAUUUGGUGGUUUUUAGAAUUAUAAAUUGAUAUUUUUCAAGUGAAAGUUGAUAAUUUCAAACAGUUUACUUUUUUUGAAAUAUUUAAAAUAUUGAUUUCAGCUUUAUAAAGCUUUCAUUUACAUGUUUUUCUCAUUCAAAAUCAUCAAAUUUUUUUUCCACUAUCGACCGUGUUGCCAUGGAGCAACGUAGCCAAGCGAAAAUUGCUCUUUAGCCGAUUUUUUUAGUUUUUAGGCGCCUCUCAACGUUAAUUUUUACGUUUUUAAGCAGAUUAUGAGAUUUUUCGUUGACUGUUCUCAAACUACAUUCUUUGUCGUGUUUGCAAUGGGUGCAAAAAAUUGUUUGUUUUAAGCAAAUUUGCUCUAAGGAGAAAGGGGAAAGUUUGUAGGGUAUUACGUGAGUUUUUGAGGAAUUUUUUAGUGAGAAUAUGGAAAAUUGACAGAAAAUGUGGCUUUUUAUCAUUAUAAUGGGAAUUUUCAAUGAUUUUUUGAGAUUCUAGGAGCUGAAAAAUGCUCAAUUUUUCCAAAAAUUCAGACAAGUAUGUGCAAAUUUUGACCUUUUCGUUCAACUUUUCAAGAUUAACUGCGUCAUUUUUUUUUUCCAAGCUUUUCUGUUUGCUUGUACUACACGUAUUGCGUACGAACACCCUUUUAUCUAUUUGCUCGGUUCUCAGGCAAAAAAAAAAGAAAAAAAAUGGUUUUAUGGGUUCUCGUGGGAGAAUUUUCGAACGGGGCAAAUGAUCCGAAGCGCAAUUUCUUUUCUGAAGAAUUAUGAAGUUUCUUGAGAAAAAGGCCGCAUUUGGAAUGGCUAGGUUUUCGAUUGAUUAGCAGUGCAACCGACCGUGAAACGGUUCCCGCGCCUUUCACUCAUUUCAAGUCUAUAGUUGACUUAUCCGAGUCAUUUUUAGUCGGUUACCGGUGCAACCGACUCAAAACGACUUUCGAGUCAUUCCAAGUGCGGUCUUAAGGAUUUUAAGGAUUUAGUCAUGAGAUAAUUUGGAACGGUAUGACCUGUCUGCGCUCUCUUUUCUCUCACCGGCGAGAUGAAAUGGAAUAAAGAGAGCGCAGAGAGGUCAUACGGUUUUUUUUUUUUGGUUUCCGGUGCAACCGACUUAAAACGACUUUCGCCCACCGGAAAGGUUUUUGAGCCGUUUCAAGUGUCUUCUUAAGAGGAUUGUAGCGAAUAAGAACUAUUAAAUUAAAUGAUUCUCAAGUUACAUCCUUUUAAUAAUCUCGUGAUUUGCAGGCUCAUCAGUAUCGUCCUCCUCGGGCGGCCUCGGAACGGGCAGCGGCGGACUGACGUCGUCGGUGAUCGGCGGGAGCAGCGCCGUCGGCGGCAAACACCUCUCGGCCAGCGUCUCCGCCCUCUCCUCCCUUCCUUCGGUCGAGACGACCUCGUCGGCAUCGUCCUCCCAGCGCCAUAAGAUGGCCAAGAGCCCCAGCGACGAGUCGUUGAGGUGCGCGCAGUAGAAGAUCUUGAGCUCAAUCAGAGGGCUAGGAGGAAGAAUGUUGUGUUUGAGAACGAGGGCUGUAGUUGAUCUGUAGAAGUUUGAGCUUGUAGAUCAAACGAUUAGGAAGGCUUUGAGAAUGUCUGAUAGUUCUAAAGACUUUCAGAAGGUCUGUAGUUGAUCUGUAGAAGUCCGACCUUGUAGAUCAAAUGAUUGGAAAGGCUUUGAGAAAGUUUGAGAGUUUUGUAGGCUUUCAGAAGGUCUGUAGUUGAUCUGUAGAAGCCCGACCUCGUAGAUUAAAUGAAUGGGAAGGCUUUGAGAAAGUUUGAGAGUUCUGUAGGCUUUCAGAAGGUCUGUAGUUGAUCUGUAGAAGCCCGACCUCGUAGAUUAAAUGAUUGGGAAGGCUUUGAGAAAGUUUGAGAGUUCUGUAGGCUUUCAGAAGGUCUGUAGUUGAUCUGUAGAAGCCCGACCUCAUAGAUCGACUGAUUCUGAAGACCUUGAAAAGGUCUGAAAGUUCUUAAGGUUUUUAGAAAGUCUGUAGUUGAUCUGUAAAAGCCCGACCUCGUAGAUCGACUGAUUCUGAAGACCUUGAGAAAGUCUGAAAGUUCUGAAGGCUUCUAGAAGGUCUGUAGUUGAUCAUCUGUAGAAGCUCAAGCCUCGAAACCGUAAUUCGAAUGAUUCUAAAUAAGUAGGAAGGCUUUCAUGACCUUCAGGACGUCUUCAGUCGGAUUUUAGGAGCUUUUCAGCCCUAAAAUGUUAAUAAUUUAGUUCUGAAGGCUUUGAGAACAUCAUCAGAAACUUGAGAAGUCACAAUUGUUCUUCUGAACUGGGAAACUGUAACUAGAAUCUUUUUGGAGACGUUUAAAACUCCUGCGCUCAAAAAAUUGAUAAUAUGAUUUCUGAGCUGGCGAAGGCUUUAGAAGCGUUAUUAGAUGGUUGAGAAGUCGUAACCAUUUUUUUUUUCUGGGCAUUAGGAUCUUUUAAAGACCCCUAAAAAUUUUCCAUCAUUUUUGUGAUCACUCAAUGAAAAUGAGACCAUAGUUCUUCGAAAAUAAAGUUUUUUUCUGAAUUCUGGACGAUUUUUCAUGUUUCAAGCCUUUUUUCUUGAUAUAAAGUAAGCUGUGAUCUUCGAAAAUGUCAUUAUUUGCUAAAUAUUCGGCUUUUAUUAUAAUUUUGUGACGUUCCUUCUUGAAAAUUAAGCCGAUUAGGGAUUAUUAUUCAUUGUUUUCAUUAUUAUUGAUAACGUCAAAAAUGAUCCGGCUCACUUUUUCGAGCUGAUUCGUUUGAUUGAUAAGAUUAUAAGGAUUAUAUAUUUUUCGGGGGUUUAUUAAAUUUAUUUUUUUGAUUUUUUUCGAAUUUUUUUCGGUUUUCCAGAUCCCACACAUCGUCGUCCGGCGGCAGUAAUGGUGGUCAUAAUUCAAAUUCUACUGGUACAAACUCGACGGGUGGAGCCAACAAGGUAUUAAAUUCAGAAAACGAGUAGUCUCAGUAGAAAAUUCGGAAGAUUUUGUAUAGAGAAAGUGAUGGAAAUGACAUUUUUCAUAGGAAAAUUUGGUGCUUUUUAGGGAUUUUAUGGAAGAAAACACGAUUCCAAAGGUUCAAAAUUGAUAGAAUUUGAAGAAAAAAAGACUUUUUUUCUUCAAAUUCUUUUUCUUAGAAUAGACGACCAGAAAAACUAUGUAAAUAAUAUAUUGGAAGCUCAAAAAAAUGACUUUCUUAAAAAAAUGACGUUUUUCCGGCGGUUUCCUGUUUUAAUAUUGAUACAAAUACUUUUCUUCUUGCUUUUUUUCAAUAUCUCGAACAUGAGAAUUAUACUUUUUAGAUUAACAAGGUCCUCCCUAAAGUUGUCACUUGUUCAAAAAAAGUUAACACAACUCGUUUUUUUCAUGAAAAAUCGACCUUUGACCCAAAUUUUUCCAAGAAAAACUCCAUUUUACAGUGAUAUUUUUCUAAAUACUGAGUUCAGCGUUAGAAAACGAAUUUUUCACGAAAAAGGUCUAGAAAAUCGUCUAAAAAUCGAAUUUUUCUUCCAAGAAGUCAGCUCCUUUUUCGCUCAUUUUCCAAAAAAGGCUUUAGAAACUGAUUUUUUUUUACAAAACCCCUUUAGGGACCACUUUAAGAACCCCUAUAGGGGUCAUGCUAGUCGAUAAUUUUUUAUGUACUCUAUGCGGCGAAGAAAAAUUGAAUAAAUAAGCGUUUUAAACUGGAAUUGAAAGACCCAUAUAGGGACCACUUAAGGGGCUAAGGGGUCAGACCCUAAACCCCUAUAGGAACCACUUUUUUGGCGUCUUUUGAGCCUGUUUAUCCCCUAAUCCCCAUAGGGACCACACUGAAAUUCCUAGGACGAUCGAAAAUUUUAAUUUCUUCUUCCAAGAAUCCAACCCUACCCAGUUUACAACCACAUUAGGCUCAGGGAUUCCGGCCGGAAGACGCGGUGCAGACCUUUGGCGCCAAACUUCUCCCCUACGAGCAGAACGAGAUCUUCAACUACGUUCGCGUGUUUUUCGUCGGCUCGCAGGCGAAGAAACGCGGCGGCGUCAUCGGCGGCCCCAACAACUGCGGCUACGACGACGAGAACGGCUCCUAUCAGCUGGUCGCCCACGACCACGUCGCCUACCGCUACGAGGUCCUCAAGGUCAUCGGCAAGGGCUCUUUCGGACAGGUAUGCCACUUUUUUCGUCGGUUCUCGAUCUUAGGAGCAGGUUUUGAGAGCUAGAAAGUACAAAAAAAGACGUUUUCAAGGUGUUUAAAGGCUCUGGAAGUUCUUAGAAGGAGGUUUUGAGGGUUAGACAACUCGAAAAGCGGAAAUUUGACCUUUUUAGGGGUUUUUUGAAACUUUGAGAGACCAUAGAAGCAGGUUUUGAGAGCUAGAAAGCUCAGAAACGAGGUUUUCCAAGUUUUUGGAGGCUAUAUGGGAUCGUAGAAGGAGAUUUUGAUAACUAGACAACUCGAAAAGCGAAAAUUUAAGCUUUUUAAGGUUUUUUGAGACUUUGAGAGAUAAUUGUAUCAGAUUUAGAGAGAUAAACAGCCUAAAAGCGAGGUUUUUGUAGUUUUUUAGGAUAUUAAAGACACGAGGAAGAGAUUUUAAAGGGAAAAAAAAAAUUACAAAGCGAGGUUCUUAAAGCUUUUUAACCUCAUGAGAUCCUGAUAAAUUGAAGAAAACUAUUAAUGAAAAAAAAAUGUUGAUUUUUACCCUAGGAGGAAUUUCGGAGAGCUAGGAAGCUCAAAAAGCAUGGUUUUUUUGAGGUUUUUUUGGGACUUUGAGAGGAGUAUUUUUCGCAAAUUUUUAAAAAAAGAAAUUUUUUUAAGAUAAAGAUAAGGUUUUGAGAGCUAGACAGCUUAAAGCUGAAAAAUAACCCUAUUUAGCCGAAAAUUAAGGUUUUAAAACUUAUUAUCGCUUACCUGUACCUUUUUAAAAGUUACAAUUCGAAGGUUUUUUUGUCACAAAUUGUUACGGCAAUUUGAAAUUUUCAAGAUUUAUAAGGCAUUUUUUUAUGGUUUUGUUCAAAAAAACGUCGGUUUUCAUUAGUUUUUCUAGUCAUUUUUCUCUCAAUAUUUUUCCAUAAUUCAGGUCAUAAAAGCCUUCGACCACAAGUACCAACAGUACGUGGCCCUGAAACUCGUCAGAAAUGAGAAGCGUUUCCACAGACAAGCCGACGAGGAGAUCCGAAUCCUGGUUUACCUGAACCUUUCUCAAAAAUUAACCUAAGCCUUGAUUAAUUUCCAGGAUCACCUGAGAAGACAGGACGCCGAGGGAACCCACAACAUCAUCCACAUGCUCGACUAUUUCAGCUUCCGAUCCCACAAAUGCAUCACCUUCGAACUUUUGAGCAUCAACCUCUACGAGCUCAUCAAGAAGAACAAGUUCCAGGGAUUCAGCUUGAUGGUUUGUCGAAGAAAAUCAGAAAAUCCGAAAAAAAAGAGGUUUCCAGUUGGUGCGGAAGUUCGCCUACUCGAUGCUCCUUUGCCUCGACCUGCUCCACAAGAAUCGGCUCAUCCACUGCGACCUGAAGCCCGAAAAUGUGCUGCUCAAGCAGCAGGGCCGCAGCGGGAUCAAGGUCAUCGACUUCGGGUCGUCCUGCUUCGACGACCAGCGCAUCUACACCUAUAUCCAGUCGCGGUUCUACCGGGCUCCUGAAGGUGAUUCGAGGGCUUUGAGUUGGGAAAAAGGGCUGGAAGAAUUGAAGAUUUAGAGAAGACAGAUAACCUUCCGAACCUUUUCAACUACCUUUUAGGGAUCUUGUAGCUUUUCAAAAUUUUUGAGACGUUCUUCAGUAGAUAUCCUCUUGAGUUUGCAGCUCAAAAACUAUUUAGAAGAAAUUUUCUAGCUGAUUUUGGCUCAUUUUGAGCGGUUUUUUGAAGUAUUCCGCUUUUAAACCCACUGAGAAAAGCUUUAGUGGCCACUUAAGGGGCUCCUCAGUGACUACUUGAAAGUGACACUAAAGUGUUCCCUUGAUUAUGGUCACUUGAGUAGCCACUAGAACGUUAAAACCCUGAAUUCCAACCCUAUAGGGGCCAUUAAAUUUCAGCCGCUAAAGGGCACACUAAUUUUACUACUACAGUGGCCACUGGGACGUCGAAACCUUUGAGGGGCCACUUAAGUGACCACUAAUUCGACUUCUAUAAAGGCCACUAAAAAGUCGAAACAUUAUAAUCCACCAGAGGCCAUGGAAUUUUAGCCUCUUAAGUGGCCACUAAAACGUCAAAACCCUAAAGUGGCCACUAAAUAUUUUCUCAAUAUUUUUUGGCUUUCUUGAAGCUUUGAAGUCCAGAUUGAUUCAUUUGGAGUAUUUUUUUAAGAUUUUGAAGUUUUGAGGUUUAUUUUUGGCUGGAAGCGCACUGAAAUUUUUUGGCCAAGUAUUUUCAAAAUAGGUUUCGCUCCUUUCCUAACCUUUGCUGCGUUCUGAAGGCGCGAGAAAAAAGUCGAGUCUAAAAUUUCUUGGAUAAUAAUGGAAAAAAUGUUUCUAGUGAUCCUCGGCGCCAAGUACGGAAUGCCGAUCGACAUGUGGUCCCUGGGCUGUAUUCUUGCCGAACUUCUGACGGGUUACCCCCUGCUCCCAGGAGAAGAUGAGAACGAUCAGGUAGGCUUCAAAAUCGACGCCUUCUAAACUCAAAAUAACCAUUUUUCCAGCUCGCCCUGAUCAUCGAACUGCUCGGCAUCCCGCAGCCGAAGGUUCUGGAACACGCGAAGCGCGUCCGGACGUUCAUCUCCAGCAAGGGCUACCCCAGAUACUGUACCGUGACGGCGAUGCCCGACGGCACGAUGAGCCUGAACGGGGCGCGGUCGAAACGCGGCAAGCACCGCGGCCCGCCCGCCAGCCGCCCCUGGCAAUCGGCCCUCAAGAACAUGGGCGACGACCUCUUCAUCGACUUCCUCCGCCGGUGUCUCGACUGGGACCCGGAGACCCGAAUGACGCCCGCCCAGGCCCUCAAACAUCAGUGGCUCCGACGACGGCUCCCGUGCCCGCCGCGGAGAGACGACGGCAGCGUCGAUCCCUCGGUCGCCGACCAGUGCGAUGUGAGUUUCUGAAGGGGGACAUCAAGAUUAGGUAGAAGGAUUUGAGCUUGAUUUAUUUGUCAUUUUGAUCUUAUUGAGAAGCUUUGUCCAUGUUUGAACUUUAGAUAUUCUUGUCUUUUAAGCUUAUUUCAGUCCUGAACAGCUUGAGAAUGUUCUGAGGCGGUUUUUGAGUUUAUAAUCUUUUUGAAGCGCUCAGCUUUUCUUUUUUUUGGAAAGGUAUAAGAUUUUUGGAAAAGUUGUAUCCAAGUGACGACGCUUUUUUAGGUAGGCUUCAGAAUUUUUGAGCAAGAUAGUCUGGCUCCUUUGAUUUUUUUUUAAAGUUUAUUCGGUAGUUUAAAGCUCUCCAGAACAAUUUAGAGCCUUCCUAAACUAUUUUAAAGGCUAAACUGGCUUCUGAAAGGGUUUUGAGGUUGAGUUGGUUUCAGUAAACAAGUGACUUUCUUUCUGAUUUUUUCCAUUCUUAAGACUUUCAUACAUUUUCUGUUAAUUUUCGGAUAAUUUCAAACUUUUCACGAUUGGCUAAGGUCUAUUCAAUGAUAUCUAUCGUUUUUGAAACGCUCCAGAAGUUAAUUUUUAUCAAAAAGUUCUGUCUGAGACUGUCACUUUCAGAACUAUCUAUCAAUUUUUAGAACCCAAAGCGAUUCAUGAGUUUUGCCAGACAUUUUAGAACUUUUCAAGGUCUAGAUGAAUAGCUUUGCUUUGGAAUUAAGGAAAUAUUGAUUAAAAUGGACUCUAUCUUUUUUUUUCUCACCGAAAAAUUAGUCGUGUCUCUUCUCUUUUCUUUUUUUUUUUGUGAUGGCCGUAGUAGUUGGUUUUUUUAUUUUGUAGCUGGCCAAGCACUUCGAGGCGAUGAAUGUCAACGCCGCAGCCGCCGCGAUGAGGAAAAAGUUCUAG